AUGAAUAGCUUUCCACCACCUCCGCCGCCGCCGUCGACCGACGCGAUCCCUCCACCUCCUCCGAGUUCUGAUCGUAUACCUCCUCCACCACCGACAGACGAAGAAGCUCUAGGUCCGCAACUCGUCGCAAAGCCGAAAAAGAAAGGAUGGGGCACGACAGCGACCAAGAAACAACCUCCGAGCAUAGAAGACAUCUUGCGCAUGAAGCGUGAGCAGGAAGCAGCAGCAGCAAAGCCCAAAUUUCUUACGAAGGCGCAACGAGAGCAGAUCGCGCUCGAAAAGAGACAAAAGGAGGUUGAAGAGGCCAGGAAAAGGAAAGAAGCCGGGAACAGCACAGUUACAAACGGGUCGAGGCCGAGUGGCAUAUAUACCAAUGGGUCUUCAUCGAGUCGCGAUGGCGCUGGUUCCUCCGUGCCAACGGGUCCUCGUGCGAUGCGAAGUGGCGAAGUUCCUACCGGACCGGCGUCGAUGCGAGGGAAGAACUCGGAGAUGCCGCCACCGCCAGUUCCAAAGGCUGGUGAAGGACGACCAGGAAAGAGGCCCAAUCCGGCAGACGCAGAGGCUGCCUUGAUUCGAACGCGAUACAUGGGCGCCGAAACAAACCAGUCUACUUUCUCGGCGAAGAAGAAGCGGAAGCGAACAACUGAGAAGAAGUUUAACUUCGAAUGGAAUGAAGAGGAGGACACUUCUCCGGAUUAUAACCCAAUCUAUCAGCAAAGGGCCGAGACAAAUUUCUUCGGUCGCGGUAAACUGGGUGGCUUUACCGAUGAGGUGGCCGAACAAGGAACCCAAAAAUUCACCGAGGCAAUGGCCCAACGCGACCCAGAGACUGGUAGGCAAAGAGCUGAAGCCAUUCUCGAAAUGGAACGCCGGCGGAAGAACGAGGGCGGACGAGCAGCUUUGGAUAAGCAUUGGAGCGACAAGAAACUCCAUCUCAUGCGCGAGCGAGAUUGGCGAAUCUUCAAGGAAGAUUUCGAAAUCAGCACAAAGGGAGGAUCAGUACCAAAUCCAAUGCGCAAUUGGCAGGAAUCUGGUCUUCCAGAGAAUAUACUUCGCAUUGUCGAUCAGGUAGGGUACACUGAGCCAUCCCCCAUCCAGCGAGCUGCCAUUCCCAUUGCCCUUCAAUGUCGAGACCUGAUCGGUGUUGCCGCCACCGGUUCAGGUAAAACGGCGUCCUUCAUAUUGCCUCUCCUGGCAUACAUUCAAAAGCUUCCGCCAUUAGAUGCCAUGACUAAGAAUGAUGGCCCCUAUGCACUAAUCCUAGCACCAACUCGUGAGUUGGCGCAACAGAUUGAAGCGGAAGCUCGCAAGUUUGCCACUCCACUCGGAUUCAAGACCGCCGUCAUAAUUGGUGGUCACUCUAUUGAAGAGCAAGCAUUCGCCCUGAGAGAUGGAGCCGAAAUCGUCAUUGCAACAACGGGUCGUCUCGUGGAUUGUCUAGAGCGCCGUGUGUUGGUCCUCAGCCAGUGCUGCUACGUGAUCAUGGACGAAGUGGAUCGUAUGCUGCAAAUGAGUUUCGAGGAUGACGUAAACAAGAUUCUGGCUACUUUGCCGUUAGACAACGAAAAGCCUGACACAGACGCUGCCGAGGAUGCCAACAGCAUGAUAAGAGGCCACUAUCGCCAGACCAUGAUGUACACUGCGACAAUGGAGGCGGGAGUAGAGCGAAUCGCGCGCAAAUAUCUUCGACGACCAGCCAUUGUGACUAUUGGAAAUGUCGGCGAGGCCGUGACUUCGGUCGAACAGCGCGUUGAGUUCAUUCCAGGCGAAGACAAGAGGAAGAAACGCCUCAACGAGAUCCUCAAUUCCGGCGAAUUCCAAGCCCCCAUCAUCGUCUUCGUCAAUAUCAAGCGAAACUGUGAUGCAGUUGCACGAGAUGUCAGACACGCCGGUCUCAACUCAGUCACACUUCACGGAGGCAAGACCCAAGAACAGCGUGAGGCAGCGCUUGCUUCAUUCAAGAACGGGUCUGCAGACGUCCUCGUGGCUACAGAUGUUGCUGGUCGUGGUCUUGAUGUGCAGGACGUGUCUCUCGUCAUCAAUUUCAACAUGCCAAGCAGCAUCGAUACCUACACUCACCGUAUUGGCCGUACCGGUCGUGCGGGUAAGUCCGGUGUGUCGAUCACUUUCUGGGGUAACGAAGAUGCGGAUGUAUUGUAUGACUUGAAGCAGAUGGUGUCCAAGAGCCCAAUGGGCAAGGUUCCAGAGGACCUGAGAAAGCACGAAGCAGCCCAACAAAAGGGCGGAAAGAAGGGCAGGGAGCAAAAGGCUGUCCUAGGUUGA